CCCCGCCUUACUUCUAAUUAAAGCUCAUCUCCCCGUUUCUUCUGCCAUAGUGGCAGGCCAGAUAUUGCUGUUUUUCAUAUUUCGGUCCUGGGCUGCAGCUGAAGACUAAUAAAUUGUAGAUAGCAGAGAGAGGGGAAGAGGCUGCAGUAGCCAUGGACCAUUCCACUAAAGACAUUCUCCCAGUGGAUCCAGAGGAUGCAUCAGAGCUUGAUGACUGGCGCCUUCCGCUAAGUUAUAUGAAGGGACGUCACCUGGAGGAUAUUGCUGGGCUCCCUCCAAUGAAAGAAAACUGGAGGAUAAAGGAAAGACUCAAGACGUGGAGUGUAGCACUUGCUCUUUGUUUGAAUAUUGGAGUCGACCCGCCCGACGUAGUCAAGACAACACCUUGCGCUAGGAAAGAGUGCUGGAUAGAUCCGUUGUCAAGAGGAUCUCAGAAGGCGAUGGAAUUGAUUGCUAAUAGUUUACAGAAGCAGUAUGAGAGAUGGCAACCCAGAGCCAGGUAUAAGCAGCUAUUAGAUCCAACCACUGAUGAAGUACGGAAACUUUGCAUUGCUCUGAGGAAGAAUGCCAAAAAUGAGAGAGUUUUGUUUCAUUAUAACGGACAUGGUGUGCCACGCCCAACAGUUAACGGAGAGAUAUGGGUCUUUAACAAGUCAUACACACAGUACAUUCCACUGUCAGUGUAUGAUUUGCAAGUGUGGAUGGGCAAACCAUCAGUAUAUGUACUGGAUUGUUCAUAUGCAGCUCAAAUUGUUGAUUCUUUUAAAUUAUUUAUACGAGAAAGGGAAAGCGAAUUCUUUUUAGAGGGAUCCAUUAAUCUCUCUACCUCAAAUUCAAGUUGUCUCGGAUUAUUGGACGAGUCCAUAUUGCUAGCUGCUUGUGGUUCCAAGGAGAUACUACCGAUGAACCCAAAGCUUCCUGCUGAUCUCUUCACUGCCUGUCUUACCACUCCUAUAAAGACUGCACUGUUAUGGUUUUGCUUGCAAAGGGUUGGGAAGCUAGUUCAUGGAGUGACAGAAGAAAUGAUUGACAACAUACCUGGUAAACUGAAUGAAAGGAAGACUCCACUGGGAGAGCUCAAUUGGAUAUUCACUGCCAUCACUGACACCAUUGCAUGGAACACACUAUCACAAGAAUUAUUUCAGAAGCUGUUUAGACAGGACCUCCUGGUUGCUAGCCUGUAUAGGAAUUACUUGCUGGCCGAGAGGAUAAUGAGGUCUUAUAAUUGCACGCCCGAGUCCCACCCGUACUUACCCCCAACCUACCAGCACCCGUUGUGGCAGGCGUGGGACCUUGCAGUGGAUCAUAUAAUGGCUCAGCUACCUCAGCUCAUUGACGGAACUCAAGAAUACGAACCCAGCUCUUUCUUCCCGGAGCAGUUAAAUGCUUUCCAAGUUUGGUUACUUAGUUUUCCUAACUUAAGUCAACCCCCAACCCAGCUGCCUAUAAUAUUACAGUUUCUACUCAGUCAGGCCCACAGAUUACAAGCUCUUGAGUUAUUAGGAAGAUACCUAGAUAUGGGCCCUGAAGCAGUACAUGCAGCUCUCUCUGUUGGUAUAUUUCCGUAUGUGUUGAAGCUACUGGCUAGUAAACUCCGUGAGCUACAGCCUAUCCUAGUGUUCAUAUGGGCUAAGAUACUGUCAGUAGACAAUUGUUGCCAGUCUGAUCUUGUUAAAGAUGGCGGUUACAAGUAUUUCAUUUCAGUACUAGCUGAUACUACUAUACAGUUUGAGUACAGGACAAUGGCUGCCUUCAUACUAUCAUCUAUAUGUAACAAUUACAGUAAAGGCCAGGAGGUGUGUCUUCAAGGUAAUGUGGUCGCAAUAUGUCUCUCUCAGCUAGAGGAGCCUAAUGCUGUCCUCAAGCAGUGGCUAGCGAUAUGUCUUGGGAGGUUAUGGCAAAAAUAUGACGCAGCCAAAUGGUGUGGAGUGAGGGACGCUGCACAUGAAAAACUCUCACUGCUUCUCUGGGAUGAAGUACCCGAGGUUAGGGCAGCAGCUGUGUUUGCUUUGGGUACUUAUAUAUUCACUCCAUCAACUGACGGGUCACACACUGAUCAUGCUACUAGUAUUGAUCACUCUGUGGCAAUGCUUCUCCUACCUCUUGUCUCUGAUGGAUCUCCUCUUGUCAGAAUGGAGCUCAUUACAGCACUGCAUGGUCUCAUCCUACAGUACGAGAGGGAGUUCCAGAUAGCUGCUCUCCGUUCCUCUGAUUCAGAGCCUUCCCUUGUCCCCUCUAACCUCUCCACCUCCCUCACUCCUGGUGGCUGGAUCAACGUCUUCAUUGACUCCGCCUCUUCCUCCUCCGAGACUGAAAAGAAAAGUGACCAUCUUUCCCCCAUGAAGAGGAGCCCUGCUGCCAUCAGCAAUGGCAGUGUCAACAGUGAGUCUUAUAGCAGUGGCGAGGACGACGAGUCUCUCCCACGUCCCGGCCCACGGACGCAGUCUUUUGCUCCGCCCCCUCCGAUAGCUCGUUACCACGACAACUCGUCUUCGAGUGGCCUGUAUGCUCAGUUGUGGCGAGGGGUCCAGUCUAUUUGUGGUGAUCCUUGUCCGACUGUUGCUCUUAAGGCUGGCUCCAUCAUUCAAAGUGUCUUGGAUAAAAUAAGACAGACUUCAAAGGCUCGUGACAUUGCCAUUUCCUCUCUCUCCACUUCAACCUCAGCUCCUCUCAGCGUAGCCCCUCCCCCUUCCUCUGCUUCUGUUUCUCACGGCAAGUCGCACACCAUAGGCCGAAGCUCCAGCAAGUCUAGAGCAGUUGAACCGUCUUCCAAUUCAUCGCUACCGGCUUUCUUGCUCACAUCAAGAAAAGAUCCUCAAGCUGAUGAUGAUAAUUAUCCUCAAUUGUCUCCAGGUGGCUCUGGAAGCAGUAGCUCUAUUGGCUCAUCGGCUAGCGUCUAUGAAGAAACCAAGUUCUACGACUGGUCCUGCAAGUAUUUUGCAAAUUCACUAAUGAAGCAACCGGAGGACUGUGACAGGUUUAGUGAGAGCUACUUGCAGAGGGAGUUUCGGUUCUUGCGUAAUCACACAGUGAGAGAGGAGGGGUCACAGUUGAUUGAUUCCUAUGAUAAAGCAAAGUUCAACGAUCACAUAUUUGUUAACAAGGAGAGCAAGACACCCCAAGAGCUCAAGUUUCAUCCUUACAUACCUCAACUGGUUGUACUUCACAAGUCAUCAUGGAGUCUGUGGGAUAUAGAACGAGGUACUCACCUCUGCACUCAUUCCAAUCACACUGGAACCAGUAAGGCCACUGCUGUGGAGUUCAUUAAUCCUCACGACGUCUCAUUUUUACUCACAGGGACAGAUGACGGGUGCAUCAGAGUCUGGAGGAACUACCUAGAAGAGGAUGAAGGAAGUCCUAAACUAGUUACCAGCUGGAGGGCAUUGAGUGACAUGCAGCAAAGCUCUAGAAAUGUUGGUAUGGUAAUGGAGUGGGAGCAGCCCACAGGUCUCCUCUAUGCUACAGGUGAUGUCAAGUACAUCAGAGUAUGGGACACUCACAAGGAGCUCAAGAUCAGUGACAUACCAACAGGAGCCGAGAGCUGUGUCUCCAGCCUUGCACUGGACCACUGUGACAAGUCACUGAUGGUCGCUGGGUGUGGGGACGGAACCAUUAGACUCUAUGACAGGAGACACCCUUCAUCAAGCAGUUUGGUUCAAGUGUUAAAGGAGCACUCCAGUUGGAUACUCAAAGUACAUAUCCAGCAACCUGUCAAUAACAUUGUCUCUAUGGGUGCUCAGGGAGAUGUUCGUGUCUGGGAUCCAAGGUUCACUAGAUCUACACACAAUUUCAAUGCAAUGUCUGGUUCUAAUGUAUGCACUAUACAUCAUUCAGUACCUCUCCUGGCAUGUGCGUCCAAUCAAGCCAUCAAGCUGUAUAAUAUUCAAAACAAAGAGUCGAUCAACUCGAUACGUUAUCACGAUGGCUUCAUGGGACAGAAAAUAGGACCAACCAAAUCUAUCACCUUUCAUCCAUAUAAGUUGUGGAUGGCCGCUGGUGGAUCUGACGGCUUGAUAUCGAUAUAUUCAAGCGAGAGAAAGAAAUGAUAAAUGAAACAAUUAAAAAAUAUAUAAUAAUUAUUAUUUUGUGCUGCAUCAGCUGAAAUGAAGUGUGCUCUUUUGUUAUGUUAAUAUUUUAAUCAUGCAAUCA